AUGAGACGGGGGACGCGAAGAUCUCUCGUGCACCUUACCUUGUUUGGUUGCAUUCUAUUUCUGAUUAUAUACAUUAAUCGUCCGCAAUCAAACAAGAAGAAGGCCUUUGCAUGGACUCGGAUCCGCUAUAAAACGACGGCGGCCAAGCUGCCUGAGGCCCGCGGCAUUUGCCCUGGCCUAGAAAAGAGCACCAAACCAGCAUUGAUCGUGUCGCGAGUGGCAGCCGAUGGAGACCCUAGCUGGCUUGACGCAUUGUCUGACUUGUACCAUCUUUGCGUUUACACAGUCGACGCGCCGGUUAACUCGAAAUCAAAGUAUCUCCAAGUGCCUGAAAACCGCGGACAUGAAUCAAUGGCAUACUUGACAUUCCUGAUUGACAACUACGAUCACAUCCCCAAGGCUGGUGCGGUAUUUGUACAUGGCAAUCGCUGGGCGUGGCACAAUGAUGCGCCCGACUACGACAAUGCAGCCUUGCUUGCUGCGCUCAAUGUACCCGCAGCAGUCGCUCCAUGGGGAUAUCAUAAUAUGAGAUGCGAUUGGAGUGUCAGCACUUGUCCUCCAUCCACGGCAGGGCAGAGAAGCAUAGAGGUGUCUCUCCAGGCUGCGUUGGAGCCAUGGAACGCCCGCGCAGUGUCUGACAAGGCAUUGCCGCGCGCGCUUGCGGCCUUAUUUGGUGGCUAUGACCAUCUUUCGGCUAAAAACGGCGGUGGAUUCCUUCUGGGUCGUACGGAUGCCGUUCGAUCGCAAUGCUGUGCGCAAUUUGUUGUUUCGCGCGAGAGCGUGUGGCAGCAUUCGCGUGAAGAGUAUGUUGCUCUGCGACAAUGGCUGCUUGAUGGAAGCAGCGGCAAUGGCGUCGAUAAGCACUCGAAGAAUCCUCGUGCCGCACCAGCUUCCGAUCUUACCGCAGGGCGCAUCUUGUCAUACUUAUGGCACAUUCUGUUCAUUAAGCAUGACUCAUACGACGAAGUCGACCUAGAUCGACUCAAUUCGCAAGCAUGCCCGCGCGCUGACGAGUGUUACUGCCGCUUGUAUGGGCGCUGCAAUCUUGAACGAUGCAAAGGACCCGGCAGUUGCCUCGGACAAUAUCGUUUGCCACCGGAUUUUAAACUUCCCGAUGACUGGGCAGCUACACAUUCAUGA